CUGUGACCCGCCAGUUAAAUUAUACUUGCAUGUGCUGAGGUUGGCCGUUCGAAAUCAACCUCUGAACCGCGUAAAACAAGCAUUAUUCUGUCUCGUGUAUAAGUGCAGCCUUUGCCAAUGGAACAAUGAAUGGAUGGUAAUUGCGAGUACAGAAAUAAGAAGCCCUUCUUAGUACUGAUGAAUCUGCCCGUUAAGUUCUUCGGUGUUUUUAGCCAUGGAUGAAGAAACAGGAGAAAUCAACUACAGCCUACACGUGUCGAAGGAUGCAGAAACUGGCGAAGAAGAGUACGUAAACUACUGGCUAGACCAGGAGACUGGGGAAAAGCAGUACUUUAGCCUCGACCGGAUAUGCCACAGCCUGCAAAUGCCGAAUCCGUUCAGAAUCAACAGGUACGCAACGCACCUGACUGCAAUCGUGCAAAACUCCAAGCACAAAACGUCGCAAAAGCGCAUGGAAUUCAUAACCGCCAUAGUUUUCCUGUUGCCCACCUUCAUUGUAUUCACGCCGCUGCUGGGGAUAAUCGUCCUAAUCUUCGAUGUGAUCCUGCACAAAUGGUGCCACAGGAAAAACGCCCGUCUAGCCAGGGAGGACAUGAUCUACUAUCGCAGUCCUUUGCACAUGAUCUACCGGGAGUUCUGCUUGAAGUGCAUUGCGGAGGAGCAUUCCAGGAAGAUCGAGGAAAUACACAAUAGGAGACUCAAUAGGAAGAGGAGCGCAAUGGAAAUGCUCAAAGACACCAGUGGGUUGGAGGCAAGACUCUAAAGCGCCAUCAAACAAAUGUGAUAUCCUGCAAAUCAUCUAUUGUUCGGUAGUUGAUUAUGCUCAGGCGUAAGUUUGUUAUUCGAUUGUCUUGCCCUAACUAGGUCCAGUUCAAACACUAAUAAGUACAAUCGAAGACCCUUA